AUGGAGCAAAGGAAUCAAACUUUUGUCUCUGAAUUCAUCCUGCAAGGACUCUUCACUCAAGAGGGAUAUGAAGGCAUGGUCUUCUCCAUUCUCCUCUUCAUGUAUCUGUUGAGUCUCCUGGGCAACCUGCUGAUCGUUCUUCUGAUCCGUUGCGAUGCCCAUCUCCUCCGCACGCCCAUGUAUUUCUUCCUCAGCCACCUCUCUCUGGCCGAUGUGGGUUUUGCAUCCUCCAUUGUCCCCGUAACGCUACGCAACCUGGUUGCCCAGGACAAGAUAAUCUCCUAUAGCGGCUGCUUGUCUCAGAUGUAUUUUUUCUCGACUUUCGGCAACAGUGACAACUUUCUGCUUGCCGCCAUGGCGUAUGAUCGCUACUUGGCUAUCUGCCUCCCGCUGCACUACACAGGCUUGAUGAACAGAAAGCGUUGCCUCUGGAUGGUCUCUGGGUGUUGGCUUCUAGCCCUCUGCCAGGCUACACUGUACACAUCGAUGGUUUCCGUUCUUUCCUUUUGUGCAGCUCAGAAGAUCCCCCAUUUUUUCUGUGAUGUCUAUCCGCUCAUAGGACUCUCUUGCUCAGACACGACCGCCAUAAAGAUGGUGGGAAUGACAGAUGGCAUAUUGGAUAUUCUGGGACCCUUUAUACUCAUUGUGUUCUCCUAUGCCCGGAUCUUCCUGACCGUAAUGAAGGUCCCCUCUUCAAGCAGCAAACGCAAGGCCUUCUCCACCUGUGGUUCUCACCUGACUGCAGUUAUCUUAUUCUAUGGCACCCUCUGCUGGGUCUACAUGCAGCCUACGUCUGAGAACAACACAUUGGCUUCUCUCAUGUAUACUGUGGUGACUCCGAUGCUGAACCCCUUCAUCUACAGUUUGAGGAACAAUGAGUUAAAGAGUGCCUUGAAGAGAGGUGUUGGCCAGCUGCGCAUAUCCCAAACUACCUGGAAAUAG